CGGAGGAAGCCGCCGCGCCGGGUACGGCGGGAAGUGAGGCGAGAGGCCGCGCGGGGCAUCCCGGGAGCGAGGGCCGGGCCGGGCUUCGGCGCGGGGCAUUGUGGGAGGUGGACGCCGCUCGGGGUUGGGGCCCCAGGAUGGAACUGCUGGAGCCCCAACCCAGCCCAGCUGCCGGGAAGGAAGAGCAGGAGCUGCUGGAGCGAGCCUUCUUCUCCUGGGCUGAGUUCAGCCGCUUCUUCGACAAAUGGUGCCAGCAGCGGCUGGUCGUCUUUUCAGUCAAGAGCUCCACUCAUGUGGCACGCAGCCCUUGGGCCAGCGCGCCCCCACUGUACAGGCUCAUCCACGUGCUCAAGUACAGCUACGUGCUACUGGUGUGCAAGGACAUGCGUGCAGCCAACCAGCCCGCAGCAUGGCCCCCCCAGCCCAGCUGCCCGGCCUUCAUCACACUCAAGCUGAGCCCCCUGCGGGACCGACUAGUGGUGUCCGAGUGCCAGCUGACCCACUCGCACCCGGCUUGCCCGCGGGAGUUCGCCUACCACUUCCGCCCUGGGCACCUGCUGGCCAACGCCUGCCUGCCGGUGCGCAUCACCAACCAGAUCUCCAAGCAGUUUGUGGCCCCCGCCGAUGUGCGCCGCCUGCUGUCCCACUGCAAGGGCCCCGACCACGGCGUGCUGGACGCCCUGCAUGUGCUGGAGGGGCUCUUCCGCACCGACCCGGAGGCCAAGGUGAAGCUGGUGUUCGUAGAGGACCAAGCUAUGGUAGAGACUGUGUUCUUCCUGACAUCGCGCACCAGGGCGCUGUUGCGGCGUUUCCCGCGCAUACUCCUGGUGGACCGACUGCCUGGCCUGCAGGGCACACUGGACCUGCUGGCGGUGCUGUGCGUGGAUAGCGCAGGACGCGCACGCCAGGCUGCCUGCUGUGUGGCGCGCCCUGGCACGCCAAGCCUCCUACGUUUUGUGCUGGUCUCAUUGCUUCAAAGCGCACCCGACGUCAAGGGCCGAGUGCGCUGCCUCACUGCGGGGCCAGAAGUGGCAGCACAGCUGCGGGCCGUGCGCCAGCUGCUGCCAUGCGCACGAGUGCAGAUCUGCCGCGCGCAAGGCCUCGAGACGCUCUUCAGCAAGGCUCAGGAGUUGGGCGGUGCCACCCAAGAAGACCCAGGUCUGUGGCCCCUGCUGUGCCGCCUGGCCGGCGCGGCAUCCUAUGCAGCCUACUCUGAGGCACUAGCUGAGCUGCGUGCCCAGGGCCCGGCCGCCUUUGUUAAGUACUUCGAGCACAACUGGGCACCCCGCCAUGACAUGUGGGUGCGUUUCCGUGCCUAUGAAGCAUCCCGUAAUCUGGAUGCGUGCGCCCUGGUGCGUGGCCACCGCAAGAGACUUCUGCGCCGCCUCAGCCCCUCACACAGUGUGGCACAGUGCCUUCGCGACCUGGUGGCCAUGCAGUGGGCGGACGCAGUGGGGGAGGCAGCCUCCGAGGGCGCUGAUGGUGAUGGAGCAUGGCUGGACAGCCAGCCCGGGAGGGGGGGAACCCAGGUCGAGAAUGAGAGGGUGAGGGGUCUGGAAACCAGUGAUUGGGGAGGAGCUCAGCUAGAAAGUGAGAAGGGGAGGGGAUUGCAGGCCAGAGAACAGAGAGGAGUCCAGUUGGAGAACCGGAAAGUGAGGGGGCUGGAUGGGAUUAUCUGGAGAGGGACCCAGUUAGAGAAAGAUCAGUUGAGAGGGCCAGAGAUCAGAGACUGGAGGGGAGGCCAGUUGGAGGAUCAAAGGAUUAGGGUGUUAGAGAUCAUAGAAAAGAGGGGAACCCAGUUUGAGUCUGAAAAGGCAGGAGGUCUUGAAGGGAGCCCCUGGAGGGGAGUCCCGUUGCAGGAAGAAAGAGCAAGUGGUCUGAAACUCGGAGACUGGAAGGGGCCUCAGGCAGAAGUGGACAAGGACAAGAGACUGGGUCUCAGAAACUGGAGUGGGAUCCAUUUGGAGAAGCCCCUGGAUUUAGUCCCUGAGAACGGAGAUCGGAGGGGGUCCCUGGGGGGAGAAGAGGGGAGGAGGGGGCCAGAGCUAGCAGAAGAGAGGGGAGAGAGGUCGGGGACCAAAAGAAGACGAGGCCUGGAAGACAUAGUUGUGAUCCAGCUCGGGGACACCAGGGUCACAGAUGUGGCAAAUGGAGACGGAGAGGGAGCCCCGUCCAUGGGCCCCACAAACAGAGCAAGACAAGGGCUGGACACAGGAGGGAGGGGUCCAGGGCUGGGGAAUGGGAUCCUGUGCACUACCCCCAUGGGAACUGUGUUGGAAGGCAAUCCAGAACGGGCAGUGAUGAGGAGUGAGUCCCCAGCUGCAAGGGAGACCCUGCAGGAAGGAAGUGAAGAAGGCCCAAGGGAACCAAAGAGGCUUUGCUGCCCCUCAGGAGAGGAGGAGGUAGACUGGGAGCCACUGGCCAAAUUCAGAGCAGCCUGUGGGCCAGAGCUGGCAGACCUGGUGGCUGAGGAGCUGGCCUUCGCCAGGCAGCACGGGACCCAGGGUUUCCACUGGACCGGAGCUGGGUUUGCUCUGAAGGAUGGCACCUCAGACUUCUUCCUGGACGGAGCGCUGACCCACUGCAGCUGCUCCAUCCAUGCGGCUCGACACCUACCCUGCCGGCACCUCUUUGCAGCCCGCCUCCUCACCGGGGCAGCCUUAUUCCACAUGGACCUGCUCAGGGAUUGCUGGGGGAGCGCCCAGGAGCCCUGACCCUUCUGCCCUCUACCUGCCACCCUCCACUUGGAGGGCAUUCUUCAAUCCCAAAGAUAACAGUGCUGAGGCCAAGGAGGGCACCCCAGUCCCUCUGGUCACUUCCUGGGUCAUCCAGGGACUUCAUCUUGGCAGUUUGCCUCUCUGGGUCCAAGGGGAAGCUGGCAAUGGUCUCUGAGGUCCUAGAGCCACAGCAGUUGAAACUGCUGAUGGGUGGAUUCAGAGGUCUUCCCUCGGAAGAGGAAACGUGUGAUGAGAGGUAUAAACAGGGUCAGGCCAAGGUGGAAAGCAGGAGA